GCCAUGGCAACUUUUCGAUAUUGCAACACCUUCAUUGACGAGGUCACGGAGCUGCAGUCGGAGUUCUCACGGAGUUUUUCACGCUCAGGUUCCAAGAGCUGUCCCCAACUUGGCAGUCACCAGAGUUCUACUUCCGAUCUGGAGACAACCCGUGCCACAAGCUAUGUCGCUGAGUUGGAGGGCAAAUGCAGUGCCACUUUUGGUGAACGACCGCAGAUGCCCGCACAACCAGAGACAGAGAUGACUAUGACGACAUCACAUAGUGGGUCGGUAGAAGAAGCAGCACCAGAGUCAACAGAACCCAUAGAAAUGCCGGCUGCGAUGCCAGCAACUCCAGUUCAGCCUCCAGGUAGCGGCAGCCGAGGCCAUCCAGCACUAUGCCGCCGGCCAUGCAUCCGCUUCGCUAACGGAAGCUGCGACAUGGGAGAUGCUUGUGGCUAUUGCCACUAUGAGCAUUCCCAUUUUGUAACCGCAAACAAACGCCAGCGUCUUCUGUUGAACCAACUGGAGACAGGCGAACUUCUGGCGGUGCUCUUUCCACAUGUUCGUCGUUCUCUUGAAGUAGCUCAGAUUGAAGCUCCCGACAUCAUUGCGAUGCUCGAAGCGGAAGUCGGUUCAACGAAGGCUCCCCAUGUAGACGCUUUUCUACUUCGAACCUUGAGACGGAUGCCCCUAUCAGCACUCCUUGGCUUGAUCAUGGCAAGACCUGGUUUUCGGCCCUUACUCGAAGAGCAAGUCGAAGUGCUGCGCUGCCGUCUGGGAUGAAAAUGAUGAAAAAUGGUCGCAACGAAAUUGGCACAUGAUGACCCGACGUUCCGAAGGGGAUCACAUGUGUGGAGCUUGUGGAUUCAAGGCCGGACAUUUCAGGAAAACUGGGAAAUCUGUG